GGUCGUGCGCGUGCGCGCAGCCAAGUCGUGGCCGUAGCGGAGGUUAAGCUCGGGAAUCGUGGCCUUGGGCGCCGGUGUCUCUUGUCUCUUGAAGCUCCCAGGCCUGCACCAUGGACUUCCAGCACAGGCCUGGAGGCAAGACUGGGAGUGGGGGCGUGGCCUCCUCCUCGGAGAGCAACCGGGACCGCAGGGAGCGCCUGCGGCAGCUGGCCCUCGAAACCAUCGACAUCAACAAGGACCCAUAUUUUAUGAAAAACCAUCUGGGAUCCUAUGAAUGCAAACUCUGCCUGACGCUGCAUAACAAUGAGGGGAGCUACCUGGCCCACACCCAAGGGAAGAAGCAUCAGACUAACUUGGCCCGGCGAGCUGCCAAAGAGGCCAAGGAAGCCCCUGCCCAACCAGCACCUGAGAAGGUCAAGGUGGAGGUGAAAAAGUUUGUGAAGAUUGGCCGCCCUGGCUACAAAGUGACCAAGCAGAGGGACACAGAGAUGGGCCAGCAGAGCCUGCUGUUUCAGAUUGACUACCCUGAGAUUGCCGAGGGCAUCAUGCCACGCCACCGCUUCAUGUCUGCCUACGAGCAGAGGAUUGAGCCCCCAGACCGCCGCUGGCAGUACCUGCUCAUGGCUGCUGAGCCCUACGAGACCAUUGCCUUCAAGGUGCCAAGCCGGGAGAUCGACAAGGCAGAGGGAAAGUUCUGGACCCACUGGAACCGAGAGACCAAGCAGUUUUUUCUUCAGUUCCACUUUAAGAUGGAGAAGCCUCCUGCCCCACCCAGCCUCCCUGCUGGACCCCCAGGUGUCAAGCGGCCCCCUCCCCCACUCAUGAAUGGCCUGCCUCCUCGCCCACCACUGCCAGAUGCCUUGCCCCCACCUCCGCCUGGUGGCCUGCCUCUGCCCCCUAUGCCUCCCACCGGGCCUGCUCCCUCUGGGCCCCCUGGACCUCCCCAGAUGCCUCCACCAGCUCCUGGGGUCCAUCCCCCAGCCCCAGUGGUCCACCCACCAACAUCUGGGGUCCAUCCCCCAGCUCCUGGGGUCCAUCCCCCAGCCCCAGUGGUCCACCCACCAACAUCUGGGGUCCAUCCCCCAGCUCCAGGUGUGCUCCCAGCAGCCCCUGGAGUGCACCCAGCAGCCCCUGGAGUGCACCCAGCAGCUCCCGGGGUCCACCCAGCAGCCCCUGGAGUGCACCCACCAGCUCCUGGGGUCCACCCGCCAGCUCCCGGGGUCCACCCUCCCCCAUCAGCUGGAGUUCAUCCUCAGGCUCCAGGAGUACACCCACCUGCUCCUGCAGUUCACCCUCAGGCACCUGGGGUGCACCCCCCAGCUCCUGGCAUCCACCCUCAGGCACCUGGGGUACACCCCCAGCCUCCUCCUGGAGUCCACCCUGCUGCGCCUGUAGUCCACCCUCAGCCUCCAGGGGUUCACCCCUCAAAUCCUGGGGUGCACCCAGCUCCUAUGCCCCCCAUGCUAAGGCCCCCACUCCCCUCAGACGGCCCUGGGAACAUGCCUCCCCCUCCCCCAGGCAACUGAGUCAUGGCCCCAGCACCCCCUGCUGCCUGUACGCAGCCUUUUCCCUGGGCCAGUCCUUGGAAAGUUUUCUACUUUGUCCUGUUCUGAGUCCAUUAAACAGCCUCCCCCAUGUC